AUGGCACAAGUUACAUAUAAUGCUGCGAUUCAUUCAUCCACAAAGACAAGCCCACAUGAAGCAUUGAUGGGCUUCGUCCCUAGCCUGAGAAUCAAUGUCGAUCCUGAUCCCACUGGCCAUGCGCUAGCAGCGUUGGAGCGCGCAACACAGCUCAAGGAAAAGCGAUCCUUGGUCAAGGAUGCGCUUGAAAAGGCGCAAAAAGCCAUGGCAAGGCAAUAUAAUAAGCGUCGGAUCGACAGACAAUUCAAGAUUGGAGUGGGAAGUGAUCAAAUUCUGGAGGAAAAACGCGACAAGAGUGGUAACAUAAGCUAUUUGGUGCGAUGGAAGGGCUAUCCACCUGAUGACGAUACCUGGGAACCAAGAUCGCACGUCGAAGACACUGAAGCCCUGGACAUCUGGCUUACUAAUACAGCACCUGUUACCCGACGACACAAGAUGGCGCAACGGCCCAAUAACACCGACCUCCCACCCAAAGAGACAACUCAACCCUUGAAGGACGAAAGGACCGCAUCAACAAAACGACCCAGGCGACUGGGAGUCGCAGGAACGGGAGCCAUGGGCGAAUGCGAUGGAGUGCGUUCAGGGACAGGCACAGAUGUACUGCUAUCCACGCGUGGUAUUCGAGGUUUUCGAACCGCACGUCUUGCUCCCUUACCAGCCCAGCCGCCCUCUCCUGCGCAGCAGGGCGACGAGACUGGGGAAGUCCAACAAACGUGCGAUGUUCAGUAA